GAUGAAAUGGGUCAGUAAAGUCUUAUGGUGAAUUCUUAAAACCCUGUUCUCAUAUAGCCAUCUAAGGCUAUUUAUUUAAAGACAAAUCGUGUCGAUUAUAGCGUUGUUGACAGGGGUCGGAGGAAUGCGUUGUUGGAGCGUCAUAAUUGUGCUGUCGAGUGUAAGAAGCUGAUUGGCUGUUGCCAGUGUGACGGGGGUUCUUGUUCCAGAUCGCAGGGGUUAGACAAUAAGGAUCCAAACAGCAGCAUUUCCAUUAAUAACACAGCAUAGAUGGAAUUUUUCUCUCUGUGAUUUCAAGCAGCUGGCGCUGACAUACACACACAACUGUUAUAAUUAUAUGAAACGACUUAAUAAUUAUUCUUAUUUAUUUAAUCACGUAGAUAAAUCAAAUAAAUCCCAGAAAAGAUUCUGACUUUUUUAGCAAAGAAAUGGUGAUGGAGAAGCCCAGUCCCCUGCUGGUAGGGCGGGAGUUUGUAAGACAGUAUUACACACUUCUCAAUAAAGCGCCAGACUUUCUGCACAGAUUUUAUGGACGAAACUCAUCCUAUGUCCAUGGUGGACUGGAUUCGAAUGGAAAGCUUUCAGAAGCAGUCUAUGGGCAAGCUGAGAUACAUAAGAAGGUAAUGUCCCUGCAAUUCAGUGAGUGCCACACAAAAAUCCGGCAUGUGGAUGCCCAUGCCACUCUGAGUGAUGGUGUGGUUGUCCAGGUCAUGGGAGAACUUUCCAAUAAUGGACAGCCCAUGAGGAAGUUCCUACAGACAUUUGUGCUGGCUCCAGAGGGUUCUGUGGCAAACAAGUUUUAUGUUCACAACGACAUCUUCCGAUAUGAAGAUGAGGUCUUUGGUGACUCUGAGGCUGAGCUUGAUGAAGAGUCAGAAGAAGAGACCGAUGAGCCAGAAGACAGGCAGCCAUCACCUGAACCCCUCCAGGACAGCCCCAGUAAUGCAAACUGCUAUGAACCCCAUCCUGUGAGCUGUAACAAUGGUGUGGAAGAAGCUCAUGAGGAAGCAGCUAUGGAACUAGAUUCUGAAGUUGCCCCAGAACCCAAGAUUGAGGAGCCGAAGCUCCAGGCAGAAGAGAAGGUUGUAGAGGAGUUUGAGGAGAAAGCACCGUCUCCUGUUCCUAUGGAAUCACCACCUCACAUACAAGAACCACCUAAAACUUCUUCUUGGGCCUCUGUGACCAGCAAAAAUUUGCCUCUCUGUGGGACUGUUCCAUCCUCUGGAGGUCAACCACAUGUUGUUAAAGCACCAAACUCACAGCCCAGAGUUGAGACCAAGCCAGAGGUGUCGUCAGCUACAAUCCGUCCACGUGACCAGCGCAUCCGUGACAGACCUUCAGUAACCUCAAGAGGGCUUAGAUCUGAUGGCAUCUCAUCUUCCGAAUCUCAAACUGGGAAACCACAUUUCAGCUUUGUAAAUAAAGGAAGGGGCGAAGAGUCGAGUGAAAUGGACAGCAGAAGGGUUGUCCGGUAUCCAGACAGUCAUCAGCUGUUUGUUGGAAAUCUCCCUCAUGACAUUGAUGAGAUUGAACUCAAAGACUUCUUCAUGACAUUUGGAAAUGUUGUUGAGUUACGAAUCAACACCAAAGGCACUGGAGGAAAGAUUCCCAACUUUGGCUUUGUUGUCUUUGAUGAUUCUGAGCCGGUGCAAAGAAUUUUAGGAGUCAAACCAAUCAUGUUCCGUGGUGAGGUACGUCUGAAUGUGGAGGAGAAAAAGACGAGGGCAAUGCGUGAGAGGGAAACCCGUGGUGGAGGUGGAGAAGAUCGUCGGGAAGCAAGACGUAGUGAUCGUGGUCCAGGAGGUCCGCGUGGCAUUGCCGGAAGCAGCAUGAUGCGAGACCGUGAUGGCAGAGGCCCACCUUCACGUGUCGCCACCAUACCUAAACAAGGCAUAGCCUCUGGGAGGGGCACGGCUUCAAGUGAGGGCCGGUUUGCUCCCCAGAGGCGUUGAGAGGAGCUCCCCUUGUAGUUCGGAUGUAGUACAAUGUUCAUUUAUUAUGAUAUUGAGAAGUCUAUGUUAAAACAUAUACAUACUUUUUAUUUCCUUACUCCUUAUGUUGUACACUUGGAUUUUUGCCUUAGGAAUGUCAGCUGUUUCAUGUGAAACAGAUCAACAACUUGAACAACCUAAUGACUCAAAACACUCGAGUCACUUUAAAUUGGAAUUGUGCUGCAAAUCCUCUGGUUUGUCAUUUAUCAAAUGGUAAAAAUUACAAACUUGAUGGGGAAACAAGUCAGGUGUAUUCAGUGCCGUUAGAAUUUCUUUGACAUUUCAUACUAAUUACCCUCCAGUUGCUAUUGGUGUAAAAUAUGCAGAUUGAAAGAAUUAUUAUUUUUUAAAUAUUUUAAUACAUAUUAUUUCGGAAAUUACACUAAUCAGCUCAUUAAUAAGGUAAAGGCUACAUGAAGGCGCAAUUGUGAACUAACAGUAUUUCAUUUAAUUGUAUUGAACUGUCAAGAAAGAAGAAAAAGAAAGGCUUUAAUUGUGUUCUGAAAGACAGUGAGAGUGCAGACAAGACGGUGUCCGCUCUCCUAUUCUGUUUAUGUGUUUGUCUUUUUUAUGUACAUGUUUGACAGCAUUUUAUGUUCUGGUUCUGCCUGAAUAAGUGAAUGGAGCACCAAUAGAAGCAACUGUAAAGUGUAAAGGUACCAGGAUUUUUGUGUAAAGGUGUUUUGGAUUUAUGCUGAAUGUUUUUCUUAAGGCAGAGGCACUUUAUCAAAUUUUUUUUUUUUUUUUUUUUUUUUUUUUUUUUUGCCCAGUUUUCAUAACUUUAAUCUCAUUUUGUGACAUGAGUUUCAGUUUACAUCCUAGGCAUUGUUCUUCUUUUUUUAAUUAAAACAUGACAGAUUUAUACAGGGUACCGAGAAA